UAUCUCUCGACAAGUGACCUUCAAAUGAACUGACUUCAAUUUAUGUUAAAAAAAAUUUGACUAUAUAUUUUGAUGAUUAAUAAAAAUCCGAAUAAUUCUGCUGAAGAAGCUGUGAAUUACACAGUGAGACGUCCAGAGAAAUCUUGUUUUGAUUUUUUCUUAAACACGCUAGUAUUAUUUUAAAUUAUUGGUAGUGAAACAAUCUGAUUUGAAGCUCAAAUUAUUCCAGGAAAUUCGUAGCAUCGACGGUGUGGAAACUUAUAAUUGUCAUACCUUUAUAUGUUUAUUAUUGUGAACCAUGUGAGUUGUAAAGUGAUUGUAAAGCAACUACGAAAUGAUAUCUGUCAUCGGGCGAAAUUUGUCUUUUAAAUGCCAUAUUCAAAUUUAGCAAAGGGACUGGUUGCUUUAAUUUGAAAAAUAUUCAGUAGUCAAUAGGCAUUUAACCACUUACACUUAUAACUUAACUGACUAUUGACUAUUUUAAAAGAUUUUUCAAAUAAAAACAUUAAAUUAAAAUACUUAAUAAAGUUUCAAAUGAAAUAAUAAUUAUCAUGUAUUAAUUUCACUUAUGUAUAAACAAAUAAAGGUCAUUUACCCACUACCACCCACUCAUUAACUUUUGUUCAAUGUGCCAAUCAAAUUUCAACAUGAUAUACACUUUAGUUAUGUAGUAAAAAAAAAUAAUAAAAUUAGCGCUAUAUAUAAAGUAGUUUGGUGCAAUUGUUCAGUUCAUACAAACGAUGCACUGGAGUGAUUAGACAUUUUUAUUCUAUUGUCAUUGUGUUUAACAUAAGCAUACUACAAAGAUAUUGUACUUAAAUUAUAAACAUAUAUAUAUAUAUAUAUAUUCAUUUCACUACAACGACAAGAAAAGACAUAAUAACAAGCAACUAAACACAAUGUAUGCAUACUGUUUAAAAAUAUUCCCUAUUCUUUCGAAUCUACUUCAACAUAAACGGUGUAUUCACUUAAAACAAACAAUAUUUCAAUAUUUAAGCGUUUUAUCCUUUGUCUUAACAUUUGUAUUCUGUGCAACAACAUGCUGGUUAAUAUGGAUUUAUUCAAUAAUUAAAUUGUUUAAAUUAUCCUAUACAAUUGGUAAUGAAUUAAUGAAAAAUGAAGAGUUAAUGAAUAAUCCUUAUGAAAUAAUUAAUCAUGAAGAAGUAAUGCAUUCAGUGAAGCAUUUUUCGGCCUUAUUUAUAUUUAUUACAACAUAUUGGAUAUAUUGGCGAAUUGAUAAAGGCGCUGAAGAAAAAGGUAGUCAUCCAAAAAAAUUUAUUCGAAAUUUAAUUAUUUGGAAGUAUUUAGCUAGUUAUUUCCCUAUAAAACUUGUACUGAGUGAAUUAUGCAACAGUGAUACUCAUGGACAACACCAAACUGAAGUCAAUGCGACCAGUAGUAAUGAAACGAGUGAUAACAAUCAUGACUGUUCAAUAAAUAGAAGAGAAUUAGCCUGUGUAAAAGAAUUAUUCCCUACAACUAAAAACUAUCUAGUUGGUUAUCAUCCACAUGGAAUAUUUGGUAUUGGUUCUUUUGUGAAUUUUUUAACUGAAGCCAAUCAAUUCAGUGCCAAAUUCCCAGGAAUCACCCCAUGGGUAGCAACACUGGAAAUUAAUUUCAAGGCACCAUUUCAUCGCGAUCUGUUUCUGCGUUUUAAUCUUGUGGCAGCUACAUACAAAGGAAUUUCUUAUCUCCUUGAUCCUGAACAAUGUGGAAAUACAGGAAAUUUUGUUGUAGUUGUUUUAGGCGGUGCUCCUGAAGCAUUAGACUCUCGCCCUGGAAAAUAUGUUUUUCAUACUAAUCGACGAUAUGGUUUCUUUAAAUUAGCAAUGCUAACAGGUUCAGAUCUAGUACCAUGUGUAUCAUUUGGUGAACCUAAUAUGUAUAAACAAGUACAUAAUCCCGAGGGGAGUUGGUUAAGACGCUUUCAAAACAGAUUUACAGAAAUGGCAACAUUCUCACCACCAUUGUUUUAUGCUAAUUGUCUAAUACCUUAUCGUACAAGUGUCAAUACUGUUAUUGGACGACCGAUACCCUGUAAGAAGAAUCUAAACCCAACUAGGGAAGAAGUCUCAAUGCUUAAAGAAUUAUAUCUGAAAGAAUUACAAAAUCUUUACAAUAAAUACAAGCCAAUCUAUGAUCCAGACAGUGAAUUAACAUAUGUUUAAAAUGCACAGAUAAACCUGUUUUUUUCUCGUUUUUGUGCAGUUUCAUCUAAUCAAAAGAUACAUGUAUUUCAACAGUGAAACGCGUUAUUUGAUUUAGACUUUUUCUUCUUCAUCUUUUGGUUAUAAUUAUUUUGUAUAACUUUACUUACAUAAUAAUUUAAAAAAAUGAUUUAAAAGUACA